AUGGCGAGCACUUGGGUCUCUAUGCCGGGAACCACUUGCACCUCCAAGAUUUUGUUCCUGCUGUUCUCCGCCCUGCUGCCCCGGGGGCCUCUCGUCGGAGAGUGCGGCCCCAUCUCUGGCUCUCAUCAGAGGCUUCGCCCCGCCGUGGGGCUGGGGGACGGCCAUGGAGGGGUGCUGGACCCCUCGCUGCUGGAGCAGGAGAACAGCGUGGACGCGCAGAGCGUGCUGGAGAACCUGAAGGAGCAGUUUCUGAGGACGUUCAACCUCUCGGGCCUGGGGCCCCCGGCCGCGGGUCCCGGGAGCUCCAGGGAGGAGCCGCCCGAGUACAUGAUGGAACUGUACAACCGCUUCGCCAACGACCGCACCGCCAUGCCCACAGCCAACAUCAUCCGCAGCUUCAAAAACGAAGAUUCAAACCCCAGCGCUGUGGGGGUUGGAGGAGUCAGGCGCCACCCACUCCUCUUCAACGUGUCAGUCCCCGGCCACGAGCGCGUGACGGCGGCCGAGCUGCGCCUCUACACGCUGGUCCAGACCGACCGCCACCUCUACGCCGGCGUGGACCGGAAGGUCACCGUCUACGAGCUGGAGUCCCACGACCGGGCCGGCAACGCCAGCGAGGAGAGGCCGGCCGGGGGGGGCUCGCCGGCGGGGGCCGGGGGGCGGCUGGAGCUGCUGGAGCUGGCCUCCCGCCAGGUGUACGGCACGGACAACGGCUGGGAGGCCUUCGACCUCACCGCCGCCGUCCGGCGCUGGCGCGGGGCCGAGGGCGCCACCACCCACCGGCUGGAGGUGCACAUUUCCAGCAUCUCCGAAGACGACGGCCCCGGGGGCGCGGGGGACCCCCAAGAGGGGAUACCCCCCGAGGGGGACAUGGAGAUAGACAACAGCCAGGAGGACAGGCAUCAGCCGCUGCUGAUCGUUUUCUCCGACGACCAGAGCAACGACCACCGCAACGACCGGCGCGAGCUCAACGAGAUGAUCGACCACGAGACCGCCGACCCGGCCCUGCACAACGACGUGGGCCUGGGUCUGGACGGACCGUGGGGGGACGAGGGGGACCCGGACGAGGAGGACCUCAUCCAGAUGCGCUCGAACCUGAUCUACGACACGGCGUCCCGCAUACGGCGCAACGCCAAGGGGAACCACUGCAAGAGGCAGUCCCUGUACGUGGAGUUCAAGGACAUCGGCUGGGACAGCUGGAUUCUGGCCCCCACCGGCUACGACGCCUUCGAGUGCGCCGGCAUUUGCUCCUACCCGCUGACCAAACACGUCACGCCGACCAAGCACGCCAUCGUCCAGACGCUGGUCAACAUCAACAGCCCCCAGAAGGCGGCGCGGGCCUGCUGCGUGCCCACCAAGCUGGACCCCAUCUCCCUGCUGUACCUGGACGACACAGGGGUGGUCACCUACAAGUACAAGUACGAGGGCAUGGUGGUGGCCGAGUGUGGCUGCAGAUAG